CCUCUUCUUUGUAGCAAGGGCAGGGGCACAAAACAAUCAAUUACCCCAACAAGAAGUAAACGAAGGACACGGACAGACAGACAGACACAAUGGAUAUUAGGCGCCUCGAGGCGCGGGACAUCCCGCUGAUCCAGCAUGCGAACUUGGAAAACCUACCCGAGAAUUACUUCAUGAAAUACUAUCUAUACCACGCCCUAUCAUGGCCUCAGCUCAGCUACGUCGCCGUCGACGUGUCGCGACCCAAGAAGACCCCCUACGACUACCCCAAGAUCGUAGGAUACGUCCUUGCUAAGAUGGAGGAGGAGCCCUCCGACGGCGUCCAGCACGGCCACAUCACCUCGCUGUCCGUCAUGCGCACCCACCGCCGCCUGGGCAUCGCCGAGAAGCUCAUGAGGCAAAGCCAACUAGCCAUGGUCGAAACCUUCGGCGCGCAAUACGUAAGCCUCCACGUGCGCGUCUCCAACAAAGCCGCCAUCCACCUCUACACCAAGACCCUAGGCUUCGACCAGGAGAAGACCGAGCCCAAGUACUAUGCCGACGGCGAAGACGCCCACUGCAUGCGCCUCGACCUGUCCUCCAUCCGCGAGCAGAUCCGCGACGCCCAGCUCGACGCCGAAGACGACAACAACAACAACAACGGCGACAACAACAACAACGGCGGCGACGAACCCCUCGACGAGGGCGAUCCCGUCGGCGAUGCCGGCAAGGCCGACGAUAAGAAGGCCCUGCCGAAUCGCCCCAAGGAGACUAAGCGCAAGGUUAAGGUUGGCCGCGCCCUGGGCGUGCAGGCGUUGGUGGAGAAGGAUGAGAGUAAGCAUUCUUAGAGAGAGUGUGCGUGUGUCGUUGUGUGUGAAGUUGGGACGGGUUAAGGGAAGGUUAUGCCGUAGAAAAGGGAAAGAUGACUCGGUUUCUUCGAGGGAGUCGUAGAGGUUUUCUUGCGGCAUGGCAUCAGUUGAAUAGCAUUUGCUCCUGGUUCGGAAAAAGGGCCAGUAUAGGUUCACCUUAAGAGUUAUGUUAUGGCGUAGGUACAUAUCCUAGAGACACUUCAUGUUUUUACGCAUAAGGCACGGGUGUUGAAGCGGAAAAGACAGCAUUCUAUGAG